AUGCCUAAUCUCAGGAAAAUGGCAGAACACCUCUUGUACACAGUAUUACUGACCACAGGCCUCUGUGAGGGCCUGUUACUCCACGGCCAGGGCCAGGACAAGCUCCCGCAAUAUCACACUUACGGACGCAGUUUAGUCUUGAACGGAGGAGCGGCCAUAAAUGUCAGUGUCACCCGAGAAAUUCUGAAACUAUCGGGCGGGGCGGGCCUGGCCCGAAUCGGGGUAAUAACAGCGAGUUCCGGAACCCCUGCGGAGUCUUACCAUUACUACAGAGAUCUGUUUCUGCAGCAUGGUGCUGCUAAGGUCAGCUGGAUUAAUAUAUCAGAGAGUCAUAAGGAGUUGAACAAAGAUCCGGCCAUGGUCCAGCUGAUCAUGAACCAGACCGGAUUCAUGUUCUCUGGCGGAGACCAGGCCAGAGUUAUCAGCAGCUACUUCCUCGAGGAUCGGAAACCAUCGCCGGCUCUGCUAGCCAUACGACAUAGGUUUGAACAAGGGGCGGUGGUGGCAGGAACCAGUGCUGGGACAGCGUGUCAGUCUUCACGUGUUAUGGUGGCAGGUGGCAUGAGUUGGGAAGCUCUCCGGUACGGUGCGUUCCACAUUCCAGGUCACCAUAGGGAUGAUUUGGUUUAUGAUCCUCACGGCGGGCUUGGUUUUCUGGAUGGAUACGUACUGGAUACCCAUUUCAGUGAGAGAGGUCGAGAGGGCCGACUUCUCCGCCUGUUGUCGGACACACAAUAUGAACAGUACGGGACUGCUCUGGGAUUCGGGGUGGACGAGAGCACAGCCCUAGUGAUCACACACGCGGGCACAGCGGCCGCCAAAGCCAAAGUUCUCGGCGACCGUGGUGUCGUGCUCAUUGACGUGUCUCGUUCCGUUGUGGAUAAAACCGCUAAAUACUUCACUAUACGUGACGUGUCCAUGAGUUACAUGACGGACGGUGACAGCAUCAAGCUCAGCGAUCACACCCUGACAUUCUCCCCAGACAAGUCGCCCUUAGCUGGUCAGGAGUUCUAUGACCACGCUCUCAAGUCUACGGACAUAUUCGACGGAAAUCGAGCUGACCGGAGGAAGAAGCCGGAAUUUGUCCGAGUAGCGACUAGCGUCUUUGAUGCCAAAUAUGACCGCAUGUCACACGGCACUACGUACGAGAAACACCCUCGAUUUCUCGUCACUGUAUUCCGGAGCGGAGCAGGUGCAGAGGCUCACAUUAGGCGGGGACACAGCUUCCAAGAAGACGUCAUCUCCUUCAAAAACUUGAUGGUAAGCAUAGAGGAAAAUUGA